AUGCCCUCGUCGCCGCUCCGGGUGGCUGUGGUUUGCUCCAGUAACCAAAACCGCAGCAUGGAGGCCCACAAUAUCCUCAGCAAACGUGGUUUCAGCGUCCGAUCCUUUGGCACCGGGACUCACGUGAAGCUGCCGGGACCCGCCCCAGACAAGCCCAACGUUUACGAUUUCAAAACGACAUACGAUCAGAUGUACAGUGACCUCCUUAGGAAAGACAAAGAACUCUAUACACAGAACGGGAUUUUGCACAUGUUAGACAGAAACAAACGGAUCAAGCCACGUCCGGAAAGAUUCCAGAAUUGCAAAGACGUCUUUGAUUUGAUCUUAACGUGCGAAGAAAGAGUUUACGAUCAAGUGAUAGAAGAUUUAAAUUCUAGAGAACAGGAAACCUGUCAGCCUGUGCACGUAAUAAAUGUGGACAUUCAAGAUAAUCACGAAGAGGCAACGCUGGGCGCUUUCCUUAUCUGCGAGCUGUGCCAGUGUAUACAGCACACGGAAGACAUGGAAAAUGAGAUAGAUGAGCUAUUACAAGAAUUUGAAGAGAAAAGUGGUAGGACUUUUCUGCACACAGUCUGCUUUUAUUGAAACCAAUUCAGACAGACCGACCCAUCUCCUCCAGGCCUUACUGCAGACAAACGAGGCAUGUUUAGUUUUGAUCCAACGGGACAAUUUUUUUUUCUCUCCUUUUGGAGAGCGAACAUCCAACCCAACUCACUUCCUCGUUGCUUUUUUUAAAAUUUCCUUUGGCCCACUGUAUUUUUUUUUUAAUUUUUUUUUUAUUAAUAUUAAUAUUAUUUGCAGUUCAAGGGAGUCGGUUUCUAUACAGGGAUUCAAAUGAACUCUGCCGAGAAAAAUGGAAAAAAGAAAAGAAAAAAAAGAACUUCUCUUCCCUUGAGGCUGGUUUAUUUAAGAGACGAAAACACCCAAGAUUUUGUUUUAAUCCCCUCUCCUCUGACCCUGUCCCCUCCCGCUCUGGCUACCUUACUUGAAUGGUUAUAAGGAGGGGUUUAAUUAUAAAAAGAAUGCUUCUCUAAAGAUAUCAUUUAUAUGUGCCAGUAUAAAAUCUUACGUUAUUUCGGUUGGUCGUUUUAUUGCGGGAGGGAACGGACAAACAGAACAGCUGGAAUAUAGAAAGAUUUGGACUGGAGCAGCGCAUAUCUGUAUAAUAGUAGCAAUGAAAUUGGAACCCUGUAAUAAAUACGAAUCACCUCUAC